AUGCGCAACUUCAUUCUCGGGCCAUCGAACUCCCUAGGAUCAUCUAAUUUUCACGGCAUUCGUCCCCCGGCACCGACAAGUCACCCGAAAAUGCGCCUGAACCAUUUCUCGGUGCGGGAAGCGCUGCCGGUUUCGAGCUCUGCGGCACAUAUAAGUCUCCAUGAUCGGAAGAACUUGAGUCAGUUCUACAGCCGAUUCGGACUGAUCUCAGUUUUAGUCAUCAUCAGUCCCUUGCUGGUAUUCGCUGUGUUCGUUUGUGUACGAAAUUGGGGCUUUUGGCGUUUACGAAUCGCAAGUGGAGUUGGUGUGCUUGGAGGUGUUCCCUACCGCCGAAAACAGUACAUCCGAACUUGGCACGGGUGGGUUGAGAAAGCUAAAAUCGACGCCUCAGAUGUCAGGGUCAGACCAAGACGACGAUUGCUCAAUUGGAUUUAUCCAAAAAUGAGCUUGGCCGAUCUUCAUAAAAUAUUUUGGGAUGCUGAGCUCCCACACGUUAUUCCUGAAGGACCCCGACAUAAGGAGCAUUGGACUCGGAGACUUCUUUGGUGGAUUGGAUGGUAUCAAUACUUGGAAGAAGAUCCGGAAAAGGCACACAUGGCUAUGGCACGGCAUAAGCCAGUUAGCGGACCGGCAAUACUUUCUGGCUUACCUGCCUCGAAUACCCAGGCCAGAAGCUCUGGAGUUUGGCUGCGCGGUGCAAGAAACGACUAUGAGAUAAAUGCUGCACGGAGAAGAAAGGUUAGUAUACCAGCUAUUAAGCUCGCCAACAGCAAUGCAGAGCUUCGAUUGAGCCCGCCUAAGACGAGAGAACGAAUGUCUUCCCCACAAGAAAGUCUUACCCUUACAGCUGCAAAGCUCCAGCGGAUGAGCAGACAAUUUCGACGAAAUACCAAUCCGGAGCGGCCAUCUCCCUCACAAAAGAAUCGUCAGCAGGUUGACUUGAACAGCCAACCUCGCUCUGGCAGGUCGAACUCUGCCCCACUUCUCAGUGCCUCGAAAUUGACAAUCGGAAGUGCUCCGGAAGAGCGAAGCCGGACUGGUCAUGAAGUCCAGUACCAGUCCCAAGAGCCUAGGCCACCAGGUGCACCGCCACCACCAAAGAAUUCCGAAGACACGUUGACGCCGUUGGAUCUUCGGAUUCUCAGCCGUAUCUCAGCAUCAAGGCCUGGAGGGCCUGAAGCACGCACGCCAGAAUAUAUCGAUGGUCCACGAGGCCCUGGAUAUGAGCAGGAAUUUGCAGAUAACCUGACUCGAAGGCUAGAGAUUUGGGCCUCGCCAAUGCUAGUUAAUCCUUUUACUUCUGGAGACGAUGAUUUGACCGGAAUCGCAGCGAGAAGGUCAAGCCCUGCGAUGGGAUGGCGGAUCGUUGAGGAUGCAGAGCCAACCUCACCAACCCACCAAGAAGGUGGGGAGGCCAAGCUUCAUAAACAAUGGUGGAAGCGGGAUAGAUUGCAAGCAGUAGGGGCUAGUGAAGUUCUUGAUGAGAAUGAAGCUUUGAGAAUGCCAGGUACCGGAGACAAAUCAAGAAGCGAUCGUCGACAGGCCUCAGGGGCUGCGAAAAGCAUAAUGCACUCUAUGCAUCGUCCUAGCAAGUGCUCCUUUACACAUAUAACGCCAUUGCCCGAUGCGACUUCCUCAUCUAUUUUGCGAGCAACCCGGAGACCGGAUCGGACGUUGUUCACCUCUCUCCCAAGAAUUUUCCCUCGACAUCCUUCAUCAUAUACACCUCUCCUAUCGAGUGAAGAGCAGAUCAAACUCGGUCUCUGUUCAACGGAGAGAGACUUUCUCGCGCAAGUGGAUCGCAGGCUGAAAUGGCUUGCGUAUGAGCUCUCUGCAGGAUUUCGGGGACCAGAAGAUAAUCCAGCAGAAGGUUUUCAGAAGAAACGUCACUCAGCAUUCGCAGGAACUAACGUGAAUGCGGUAUCCAGAGUGACCGAGAGAAGGAAACUUCAGUUGACCAACUCCUACGAGAGCUUGUCUUCGGUCAAUUUUAAGGUCCCCGUGAGAAGGAGAAUUCUCAUGCCAAAUAUUGACUCGUGGCGUGUAUCUGUCAACAAGUUUCGGAGGAUGAUGACCGGUGACGAGCAACUAACUACACGACCUCAAUUUGGUAGCGAAACAGAGGAACCAAGAGAGGGAGAUAUUGACACUGCAGCAUGGGUUUUGCGCCGUCCACCACAAGGAUUUCCUACACCUACUGCCCAAAAGCAGGCUCCCCUUGUAGGAAGAUGGGGGAAAAUCGCAAUUGAAGCCGAGCCUCCAAUAUUAGAACACCAUUACGAUUGGGAACGAAUUAGACGACCGUCCACGGUGAAGCGUAUAGCGAAAAGGAGGGUUAGAACACUUGCCAAAAGGAAAUUUGCUCAUACCAAAGCACGCGCCAGAGAAACAAAGGACGCAAUCAUUCACACGAAGGAGCGCGCAAAAGGGACUACAGAAGCUCUACUACACUCGGUCAUGGAGCACCACAUAGCAAGGAACGCUCCUGCUGGGCAUCGUUCUCUCUCCUUGCGACGCAGACUCGGAACAGGCCAUUCCGCAGAGCAACUGGAUACCCAUCCUGGGUUGCCGGAAAUCCCUAACCAUGAGAUACCCCAACCACCUGUCAAUAUUUCGGCUCUCGCGGCGCAAGCCCCACCCGAGGCAAGUGAUGGGCGUCGUGUUGUUUCUAGAGGCCGCAACCCAUUUGCAAACUUGAUUGACGCUUGGAACGCUUCACGUCUCCAACAAAGCUCUACGGAUGGACAUCGGCGCCCCAGCAUAAGGUCCAGUAUUGAGCCAAGGCUUGAAGGAGUUUCUUUAGAUGCAUGA